AUGUCGCGCUUAAUCCGCUACGUCAACGAUGCCCCGACUGGCGACAAAGCGCAGAUUCAAGGCUUCAAAUUGCUUUCUGCAACGAUUUUAAUUUACAUAGGAUCAGCUAUUUUGAAUGGUCGCCGAGAUGCUGCCAAGCGACGGGUGAUGAUUGCGGUCAAGGGUUCACUGACCGGCAUUCUUCACGAGAAGAUCUUACAAUGCAGUGACAAUAGCCAUUCUGCUAUUGCAACAAUACGAAACGACGUGGAAGAUGUUCAGAUGGUCAUGGGUGGAAAAUACGCCUCGAAGCAUUUUGUCGGGAAACAUAGAGCGUGGGAUGAUGCGACCCAGGAUCGAGUCAGUCUCAUCAGAACAAUACUAGAGCAUCUUAAAACAAUCAAAAUGAUGGGCUAUUCGCAUGCAAUGGAGUCCAAAGUCCAAGCUUCGCGUGACACUGAACUGAAAGCAGGCUUGGUCACGGCCUGGCUCGACGUUAUCAUGGCAGCCAGCGGAAGUUUCUUGAACGUUGUUAGUCCUUCUAUCACACUUGGACUCUAUACCGUUUUCGCCAAACUGACCGGAAGGUUCGCCCUUGAUGCGGAUCUCAUUUUCACAUCUUUUGCCCUGAUCCAAAUGGUCACCCUACCAGCAACUUCAAUCAUACUCAUUCUUCCAGAGUUUAUCACAGUCGCAGCGGGAUUUCAUAGGAUACAAAAGUUCCUCCUUCAGCCCGACCACCAAGACAGCCGCAAACUUCCUGAAGGCCAGAUUGAACACUUCCUCGCCUACAUCUACACAGGCCAGGAUCAAUAUCGCGAUAUUACGGUGGGGCCUCUGGACUCUGAUGAUGGCCACGCCAUCGCGGUGAACUUUGCAACAGUCCUAGGUGAUACCGGAGAUCAGCCAGUGCUGAAGAACAUUAGUCUGAAAAUUGAAACUGGUUGGCUUGUGCUUGUUGCUGGCGUUCCUGGAUCGGGGAAGACGGCUCUUGUCAGAACAAUUUUGGGAGAGCUAAAGCUUCUAAGCGGAUCUGUAUCAACUUUUCCUGUUAACAUGGCUUUCUGUGCCCAAUCUUCGUGGCUGAGAAAUGGGACGGUUAGAGAUAUCAUAGCAGGACCCCCGGGAUGCAGGGUGACGGACGAACAGUGGUACCAGAAAGUUCUUCAUGCCUGUGACUUAGAUUUUGAUCUGCUUCAACUCCCAAAUGGAGAUAAUACUCUGGUAGGAGAUGGCGGUAUCUCUCUUUCUGAGGGUCAGAGGCAACGAUUGGCACUGGCUCGAGCGGUAUAUUCACAACUAGAUAUUCUGGUCCUAGACGAUGUUCUUAGCGCUCUUGAUGGACGGGCUGCACAUCGCGUGACCCAACGGCUAUUGGGCCCGGUUGGCCUGCUCCGUGAACUCAACAAGACAGUGGUUUUGACUACCAAUUCAACGGAUCUCCUUCAAUACUCAAAUUUGAUCGUCAUUCUCAACCCCGAUGGGUCUAUUUGUGAGCAAGGGACUUGGGAUGAACCCAAAAUCCAGGCAUGGUACAGCGAAUUGGAUGUCCCAAAAGUAAUAUUACCACCUGGGUUUGAACAAGGCAAGCAUGUCCAACAGAUCAACAUCCCCAGCCCGGUUUUCUCGACUCUCGAACCAUCAGUGGAAUCGUUACGAAAACCCGCAGACAGUAUCAUCUACGCACACUACAUCGGCGCGAUUGGAAGAUACCGAUUCCUGGUUCCUAUAAUUAUCUUUAUCUCCUCCGCAGCUUUUGCCAUGCUAAUUCAGGGCUGGCUUCGACUGUGGGCAGAAGAUGAUGACACUGGAAAGCGAGUAGCCUUGUAUCCCGGUGUUUAUUUUGCAUUGGCACUUUGGCACUGGGUCUUAUUGACAGGAAUAGGCACUAUUGAAUUCCUUGUUGUGCCAACCUCUGGUCGCAGACUGCACGAUCAACUGCUUACAACAGUCAUAAACGCUCCCUUGUUUUUCAUCACAUCCACCGGUAUCGAGACGACACUGUCGGGAUUUAAUCAGGAUAUGAAGCAAAUUGAUCGUAAGCUUCCCCGUGAGAUUGCUGCUCUAGGAAGUCAGGCAUUCAAGCUUCUGGCUCAAAUUAUUUUGCUGUGCUUGUCACAGGCAUACAAUAUCCUCGUAUUCCCCGUUCUUGCGAUAUUUGUCUACUUCAUUCAACGGAAGUACCUUGCGGCUAGUCGGCAAAUAAGAGGAAUUUCCGCAGAAGUGAACUCACUCCCAAACAGCUUUGUGGAAACCUUUGAGGGAAUAACUACAAUCCGUGCUUUCGGUUGGCAAAAUGCACAUGCUCUCGGUAAUAGCAGAGCACUAGAUGCCUCACAAGCACCAUCAUAUACACUGAAUGCUCUUGAACAAUCGGUCACAUUGGUGGUGGAUUUGGUCGUUGCCUGCAUAGCGCUAGCCAAUGUUGCCUUCAUCGUCGCGUCCACGGGGACUAUGACAGCUGGUGAUAUCGGCAUCAGUAUGAACGUGAUAAUGAUGCUCAAUAUGAUUUUUAUGAGUACAGUUCAGUCAUGGGCGAACUUCGAUACAUCGCUCAGCGUCAUUUGCCGCAUCAGAAAUUUUGCAACGACGGUAGCCCCUGAAUCCCAACCCAAAAAUGAGCGUGUGAUCCAUAAGUCAUGGCCUCACAGUGGCGAAAUAAGUCUGAGGGACGUUUUUUCCGACUACGCUAGCACGGGAGAACAAAUAUCUGCAUCGGACCACGCCCUCAAUGGUGUCUCUUUCAAGGUAAAAUCUGGCCGCAAAAUUGGCGUUUGCGGACCAACUGGCAGUGGCAAGUCAUCUUUGCUCCUUAGCUUCAUGCGCAUGAUUGAUCUAGCCGAGGGAAUGAUUAAGAUUGACGGCGUGGAUUUGAGCUCAAUCUCCCGGGAUUUGGUACGAUCUCGGAUAAUCACAAUCCCACAGGAUACAUUCAUCAUCUCAAGUGAUUCUGUUCGGGGGAACCUGGAUGUUUUGGGAACUUCCACGGACAAGAAGAUUAUUGCAACACUGAGGAAAGUCCGCCUGUGGUCCAGCUUACAAUCUAGAGCUAUAGACACUGGACUCUCGCCAACAUUUUAUCUCGACGUACCGAUGAAAGCCUGGCCAUUAUCGCUAGGUCAGUUGCAGCUUCUCUCGCUUGCCCGCGCUAUUUUGCUUCGCUCUUCUCGCGGUAGGAUUGUUCUAGUCGAGGAAUCCACCAGUACUAUUGACUCGGAGACUAGCGGACUCAUUCAACAAGUGAUCCGUGAGCAGUUCCAGGGCUAUACAAUUAUCACGGUGGCCCAUCGACUGGAGACUAUCAAGAAUAGUGAUUCGAUCAUUGUGAUGGACAAAGGGCGGAUUGUCGAAGUCGGGUCAUUCGAUGCCUUGCGACAAAAUGAGGGUGCUUUUAGAUUUCUCUUAGAUCCAAGUGCUCUGUAG